ACUAUUCUCUUUGGCAAAAGAUGGGCCUAAGAGGCAAGGUAGUUGGGCAGGUAGAGAUCAGUUUUCAUGGAGAUGUUUAUUAUGAAAUCUAUAGAGAGAGACCACAUGAUGUGCCCUCCAUGUGUUCAGCUAUUCAUUCAAUUGAAGGCCAGGGAGGAACCGUGGGCUCUACCAUCACCUUGAAAUUUACCCAUGAUGGGAAGACCAAAAUGGCAGAAGAUGUUAUUGAGGCCAUAGAUGAUGAGAAGAAAUUGGUAAAAUUCAAAGUGGUCAAAGGUGACAUCUUGGAGUCUUAUAAGAGUUUCAGCCUAACAUGUCAAGUUCAUAGCAAUGAUGAUGACCAUUUUGUGACUUGGACUCUUGAGUAUGAGAAGUUGAGUGAGGAGAUUCCCGAGCCACUCUCUUAUCUCCAAACUAUCCUAGAUAUUACCAAAGAAAUGGAGAAUCAUCAUGCAAAGAAAUAAUAAUCCUGGGAGGAAAGAAAUUAUAAUCCUACUCUAUAAUAAAGUAGAAGAUCGAUUUUUUGUUAUAAAAAAUAAUGAUGAUGAUAACGGUUGGUACCUGGCAUUUUCAGUUAUUAAAUGAUUGUAUAUGACGCACGGUAUAGCAAAUAUAUGUCUUUCUACGUCUUUUUCAAUUUGAUUGAUAAAGGUUUGUGUUGUGGUCUUGAUGCAUAUGAAUUAUAUCUAGUUUUAGAAUAAUUCUAUGCAUAUUAGUGUGUACCAUAUAUAACAUAUAUGUACUGUUACGCAUUAUGAAUGUCACAUAAAUAAAUUGAACUAUAA